CCGGACAGGAGGGGCGAGUGGGCGCCAUUUUCUUCUAGGCUCACUGAGGGCUGUGCCUGUUCUGGGGAGGCUGCUGCGACGAGGAGCGCCCCCAGCCCCCGGUCUUGUGUGUCCGACUCGGCAGCAGUGGUGUGUGUUUAUUGCCAAGUGCGAAGCAGUUUCCCUUGGGGCGUCGGGGCUGGGGAGGGGUUUGCGACCAAGCCGGAAGGACAGGGAAAGGCGGGGCCGGCGGCCGCGCCGGGAUCUAGCGUAGCUUCUGCCGUUAGGGCACCCUGUCUUCUCGCUCAGCACCGACUCUCCCUCUCCCGUCAGCUUCCAUGUGGUGGUGUGUAUGCGCUUCACAGCGGUCUCGAGAGUGAAGAUCUCGAAGGAUUUCAUAGGUAUUUUUUCUUUGCUGUGUCAUCGUAGUCAUUGGUGUUAGAAAAAUGCUGAAGGCCCAGCUCGUUAGGUUUGAGAAGGGCAAGCGCUCCAGUUAGAUUUGGGGGCAGUUCUCCCUCUGGCGAGUUAGGGUGGAACGUUUGCCCUGGGACGGCGUAACGGAAAGGCACGGAGGGCACGGAGGCUGGGCGGUCCAGGUUAAUUUGAAGGCUGAUUUUGGCUGAAGGUCUGGCGACAGCAUCGGAUCCCACGUAGCAAUUUUGGCCUGGCGCGAAAGAAGGAAGCUCUGACCCCUGGGAGUGUGGACAAAGGCUUUGGGCCGUAGAAUCGAUGCCUUCGGAUGAUUCCGUUUGAGGAUGAUGGAUGUUGUGGGAACCCCUGUGCCGCGUGGAUUCAUCUUCAUUUACAGUUCCUCUUAAGCUCUGUGUGGUCUUACUUUUGGUUUUUAUUUUAACCGUCUACAUUAUAAAAGGCAGAUCAUUGUGAAGAAUAAUUGUGGACAGCCUGGGGCAGACUAUUUUCUGCAGGGGAAACUCACGUUCAGAAUCUGAAAUGCUACAUCAUAACUGGGUUUUAAGAAAUUAGUCGCAAAAAGUAAAAGAGCCUUCCCUCACUAUGUCUGUAAAAUGACUUUUUAUUCGCUAGUUAAAAAUUAAAUGGAUCUUUGAGAAUACCUGUUUAAAUUCAGCCUCCCUUCUGUUUCCCAUUCCUUGUCCCUCUCAGUCUUGAUUAGAAGAUGCAGUUUUCAUAUUUUUUAGUUAUAAUGGUAAUUAAGUGGGAUGAAUCGCUGGAUAAAAUCAGCAAAGUUAUUUAAAAUGCACUUUUAAUUUCAGUGACUUACUCUUAAAUGAUCUUUUAGGGAUCCACUUUCCUUUCAUUGAAGUCUAACAGAAUCCUGUGUCUUUAAAUGAACACAAAGUCACAGAAAUACUUUUUGUAUUUCUAGAAAAAAUUUAAGUGCAAAGUACUUUAAGGAAAACAAACCUUGCAGACCUCAGUGAAUGUCUUCGGACCCCACUUUGUGGAACAGUAGUACUUAAGUUUAAGUUGCUUUUACAGAAUUAACAGGUCUCCAAGAAAUUUAAAAAAAGGUCAUUAUUGCUGUGGUUUGAGCUCAGCAUGGCUGUAGUCAUCCGUUUACUUGGGCUUCCUUUUAUUGCGGGGCCUGUGGAUAUUCGUCACUUCUUCACGGGAUUGACUAUUCCUGAUGGAGGAGUGCAUAUAAUUGGAGGGGAAAUUGGGGAGGCUUUUAUUAUUUUUGCAACAGAUGAAGAUGCAAGACGUGCCAUAAGCCGUUCAGGAGGGUUUAUCAAGGAUUCAUCUGUAGAGCUCUUUCUUAGUAGCAAGGCAGAAAUGCAGAAGAUUAUAGAAAUGAAAAGAACUGAUCGUGUGGGAAGAGGGCGACCAGGAUCUGGGGCAUCAGGGGUUGGCAGCCUAUCUAAUUUUACUGAGGCAAUUAAGGAAGAAGCAAGUAAUUCUGGAUAUGGCUCUUCGAUUAAUCAAGAUGCUGGGUUUCAUACUAAUGGUACAGGACAUGGUGAUUUAAGGCCAAGAAAGACAAGGCCAUUGAAGGCCGAGAAUCCUUACUUGUUUCUACGAGGUUUGCCUUACUUAGUAAAUGAAGAUGACGUACGUGUCUUUUUCUCUGGUUUAUGUGUGGAUGGAGUAAUUUUCCUAAAACAUCAUGAUGGCCGAAAUAAUGGUGACGCCAUAGUAAAAUUUGCUUCAUGUAUUGAUGCUUCAGGAGGUCUUAAAUGUCAUAGAAGUUUUAUGGGUUCACGAUUUAUAGAAGUAAUGCAAGGAUCAGAACAACAGUGGAUUGAGUUUGGUGGUAAUGCAGUUAAGGAGGACGAUGUUCCUGUGAGAUCUGAAGAACGUUCUCCACCAAGAGGAAUUAAUGAUAGACAUUUUCAAAAAUGGUCUCAUUCAAAAUCUCCAAGAAGAACACGUUCUCGUUCCCCUCUUGGAUUUUAUGUUCACUUAAAAAAUCUGUCCCUAAGUAUUAAUAAAAGAGAUUUAAGAAAUUUCUUUAGAGAUACUGAUCUGACUAAUGAACAGAUUAGAUUUUUGUAUAAAGAUGAAAGAAGAACAAGAUAUGCCUUUGUAAUGUUCAAGACUCUGAAAGACUAUAAUACUGCUCUGGGUUUACAUAAGACUGUUUUACAAUAUCGUCCAGUUCAUAUUGAUCCAGUUUCUAGAAAACAGAUGCUGAAGUUCAUUGAAUGUUAUGAAAAGAAGAGACCAGGGUCAGUAGAGAAAGAGAGGCCUGGACAUGUUUCACAAAAAUACUCUCAAGAAGGCUACUGUGGCCAGAAGCUGUGCAUAUAUAUAAGAAAUUUUCCAUUUGAUGUUACAAAAGUUGAAGUGCAGAAGUUCUUUGCAGACUUUUCUCUUGCUGAGAAUGACAUUUACUUGCUUUAUGAUGACAAAGGAGUUGGUCUGGGAGAAGCUUUGGUGAAAUUUAAAUCAGAAGAACAGGCUGUGAAAGCUGAACGUUUAAACCGACGAAGAUUCUUAGGGACAGAGGUAUUAUUAAGACUUAUAUCUGAGGCACAAAUGCAGGAGUUUGAUGUAAAUUUUUCUUUGAUGUCCAGUGAGAAAAUGCAAGUCCAUUCACAGUCAUGUGAUAGAGAUGACCAUUCUCAUUUAUUUGACUCAAAAGAUGCACCAGUAUACUCAGUUGGCCCUUCUGAAAACUUCAGACAUCAGCUAGAGGACUUAAGGCAACUGGAUAACUUCAAGCAUCCCCAGGGAGAUUUCCGACAGCCAGAUAGGCGCCCUCCAGAAGACUUCAGGCACUCUUCAGAAGAUUUCAGGUUCCCCCCAGAGGACUUCAGGCGCUCCCCAGAGGACUUCAGGCGGCCUCGGAAGGAGCAUUUCAGGCGGCCUUCUGAGGAGGACUUCCGCCGCCCUUGGGAAGAGGACUUCAGGCACCCCCCGGAGGAUGACUUCAGGCACUCUAGGGAGGAGGACUGGAGGUGGCCUCUUGAGGAGGAUUGGAGGCGGCCACUGAAGGAGGAUUUCAGGCGGUCCCCCAAGGGGGACUUCAGGCAGCUUCCUGAAGAGGACUUCAGGCAACUCCCCGAGGAAGACUUCAGGUGGCCUCCAGAGGGAGAUUUCAGGCGGCCACCCGAGGAAGAGUGGAGACGGCUACCGGAGGUGGAGUUGAGGCGGCCACCUGAGGUGGACUUGAGGCGGCCACCCGAGGAAGACUUCCGGAGGCCCUCAGAAGAGGAUUUCAGGCAUUCCCCUGAGGAAGACUACAGGCAUUUGCCCCAGGAGCAUUUCAGACGGCCAUCCCAGGAGCACUUCCGGCGGCGGCCCGCGGAGUAUUUCAGGCGACCACCUCCGGAGCACUUUAGACGGCCGCCCCCAGAGCAUUUCAGACGGCCACCCCCGGAGCAUUUCAGGCGUCCGCCCCAGGAGCAUUUCAGGCGCCCGCCCCAGGAGCAUUUCAGGCGUCCACUGCAGGAGCAUUUCAGGCGCUCCCGUGAGGAAGAGUUCAGGCACCCGCCAGAUGAAGACUUCAGGGGCCCUCCUGAUGAAGACUUUAGGCACCCUCCUGAUAAGGACUUCAGAAGCCCCCAGGAGGAAGAUUUGAGAUGCCCUUCUGAUGAGGACUUCAGGCAGCUCCCCGAGGAAGACCUUAGGGAAGCUCCAGAGGAGGACCCUAGACUUCCUGACAAUUUUAGACCUCCUGGUGAGGAUUUUAGGAGCCCGCCUGAUGAUUUUAGAAGUCAUCGCCCUUUUGUGAAUUUUGGUCGCCCAGAGAGUGGCAAGUUUGAUUUUGGAAAGCAUAAUAUGGGAGGUUUUCCUGAGGGGAGAUUUAUUCCUGAUCCAAAGUUAAAUUGUGGUUCAGGUAGAGUAACUCCUAUUAAGAUAAUGAAUCUUCCAUUUAAAGCUAAUGUUAAUGAAAUUUUAGACUUUUUCCAUGGUUAUAGAGUCAUACCUGAUUCAGUUUCGAUACAGUAUAAUGAGCAAGGAUUACCUACAGGAGAAGCCAUUGUUGCUAUGAUAAACUAUAAUGAAGCUAUGGCUGCCAUUAAAGAUCUGAAUGACAGGCCAGUUGGCCCCAGAAAGGUUAAGUUAAUUUUGCUCUAGAGAGCGUUUCUAAAUUCAGAGUUAAUCUUCCUCCCACAGUAUUGAUACAGUAAAAUGCAUUUGUUUUUUUUUUAAGUGUUUAUUUUUAAUUAUCUAAAGAAAAGAAAUACUUUAAUUUUGACCUGUGAAUAGAACAAAUGUAAAUAGUAGAAUGUGAAUCUGGUUUUCUUUUGCUUGCAAAUUGCCAUUCAUUUUUUCUGAUUUAAAAUUAUAUAUGCUUUUUUUUUAUUACCUGACAAGAGAGAACUAAUUCCCUGAGUUCAUUAAUUUUUGUUGAUGUCAUGGUUAAACCUCAAGACUUACAUAGAGUUGUAUUAUUUGGGGAAGAUAAAUUUUAUAUUUACUUUUAUUUCAUUCUGUAGUCUAUAUCUUUUACUCAAACUGUAUAAGGAAAAAUAGUCAGUGACUGUUCAGGUUUGGCAUUUUCAUUGCUACCUGCCUGCAGAAUUAAUGCCUUUUUCCUUGUCUGAGAUAUUACUGUGUUAAGCCUCCUGUUUUUAAGUAGUUCAAAAUGGACAGAUUGUCAUCUUGAAGUUUACUUAUGUAAAAAGCUUAGGUGAUUCUUAAGGCUUCCAUGUUCAUAGCUUUGCAAAGUUUUAUAAAAAUAAAAAAUUUCAACU